GGCCCGAGGGGCUCGUCCUCCCCAAGUACGGCCCGGAGAAGGGCUGCGGCGGGCGCUUUGGCUCAGGAAGAAGCUGAGAGGUGGUUGGGUUCCCUUCACCGUCCGUCCUUAAGAGGCCUCCCCAGAUGUCAUCUCCGGGAAGCGCUUCCCGGUCCCUCCCUCCCGGUGCUUUUCCACGGCGCUCUGUUUACACCUGGCGCCUCGCCCUCUCCGUCCCGGGUUAGAGUCGAGUUGUGUAGACUUCGCUCCAGGCUUGGUGAAGGCAGGUCCUGGAUCCCCAGCCACGCUGACGGGCCCGUUGCUCUCUGAGAGAAUAUGCAUUUAGGUGCCCUGUAACAGUAGUAAUAACUAUAACUAGAGUUUGUACACUUCCUAAAUCCCAGCUCUGUAGUAAACACUUUGUGCGCAUUAUCUUCCUCAUCUUCACGACUCGGUUCAGUAGGUGUGUGGUGUGCCCCUUUUACAAAUUGGGAAACUGAAGCCCAGUGAUUGAAUGGCUUGCCCAAGUGGUGAAACUGGGAUUCUAACUCAGAGCUGGACUUGAGAGUCUGAGCUCUUCACUACCGGCCACACAGCCUCCUUCGGUGGGGAGUGCAGCCGUGACUGUUCCUGGGACCUCAAUUACCUACUGGUAACGUUUAUUCAGGAAGUACUUGCGGAGUGCCCACUAUCUGCUGGAGCUUUCGUUGUUGCAGAAUGAGACAUGGCCCCUGCUUUAACGGCACGGCAGUUCAGUGGGGGAGACAGAUGAAUCAAAUUAUUACAGAAUAAAUGUAGACAUACAACUGCAAUAAGUGCUGUGAAGCCGGGGAAAUGUCUGAUGAGGAGAUCAAAAAGAAGACACUAGCUUCAGCUGUAGCCUGUUUAGAAGGGAAGUCACCAGGGGAGAAAGCAGCAAUCAUACAUCAGCAUCUUGGCCGUCGAGAAAUGACAGAUAUGAUCAUUGAAACCAUGAAGUCCAACCCAGAUGAACCGAAAGCUACAAUGGAAGAAAGGAAGUCUUCAGAAGCAUCCCCCACUGCACAAAGAAGUAAAGAUCAAAGUAAAGAAUGCACAAACGCUGCUCCCGAUUCUCCAUCCAAACAACUUCCAGACCAGAUUUCGUUCUUCAGUGGAAAUCCAUCAGUUGAAAUAGUUCAUGGUAUUAUGCAUCUAUACAAGACAAAUAAGAUGACCUCCUUAAAAGAAGAUGUGAGGCGCAGUGCCAUGCUGUGUAUUCUCACAGUCCCUGCUACAAUGACCAGUCAUGACCUUAUGAAGUUUGUCGCCCCAUUUAAUGAAGUAAUUGAACAAAUGAAAAUCAUCAGAGACUCUACUCCAAAUCAAUAUAUGGUGCUGAUAAAGUUUAGUGCACAGGCUGAUGCAGAUAGUUUUUAUAUGGCGUGCAAUGGCCGCCAGUUCAACUCAAUAGAAGAUGAUGUUUGCCAGCUGGUCUAUGUGGAAAGGGCUGAAGUACUGAAAUCUGAAGAUGGUGCCAGCCUCCCCGUGAUGGACCUGACUGAGCUCCCCAAGUGCACAGUGUGUCUGGAGCGCAUGGACGAGUCCGUGAAUGGCAUCCUCACCACGUUGUGUAACCACAGCUUCCACAGCCAGUGUCUGCAGCGCUGGGACGACACGACGUGCCCCGUGUGCCGAUACUGUCAAACGCCAGAGCCAGUAGAAGAAAAUAAGUGUUUCGAGUGUGGUGUUCAGGAAAACCUUUGGAUUUGUUUAAUAUGUGGCCACAUAGGAUGUGGACGAUAUGUAAGUCGACAUGCGUACAAGCACUUCGAGGAAACCCAGCAUACGUAUGCCAUGCAGCUCACCAACCAUCGGGUCUGGGACUAUGCUGGAGAUAAUUAUGUCCAUCGACUGGUUGCAAGUAAAACAGAUGGAAAAAUAGUACAGUAUGAAUGUGAAGGUGAUACUUGCCAGGAAGAGAAAAUAGAUGCCUUACAGUUAGAGUAUUCAUAUUUACUAACAAGCCAGCUGGAAUCUCAGCGAAUCUACUGGGAAAACAAGAUAGUUCGGAUAGAGAAGGACACAGCGGAGGAAAUCAAUAACAUGAAGACCAAAUUUAAAGAAACAAUUGAAAAAUGUGAUAAUCUGGAGCACAGACUAAAUGAUCUUCUAAAGGAAAAGCAGUCUGUGGAAAGAAAGUGCACUCAGCUAAACACAAAAGUGGCCAAACUCACCACGGAGCUCAAAGAGGAGCAGGAAAUGAACAAGUGUUUGCGAGCCAACCAAGUCCUCCUGCAGAACAAGCUGAAGGAGGAGGAGAGGGUGUUGAAGGAGACCUGCGACCAGAAGGAUCUGCAGAUCACCGAGAUCCAGGAGCAGCUGCGUGAUGUCAUGUUCUACCUGCAGACACAGCAGCAGAUCAACCACCUGCCUGCUGAGACCCGGCAGGAGAUCCAGGAGGGACAGAUCAACAUUGCCAUGGCCUCAGCCUCCAGCCCCCCCUCUUCGGGGGGCAGUGGGAAGCUGCCCUCCAGGAAGGGGCGCAGUAAGAGGGGCAAGUGAUCUUCCAAGAAACGGAUGUCCCUGAGACUGUUUUCCCUGGCACAGCGAGAGUGUGCUGGGGCCUUUGACUAAAUGUGAGGGUGGAUGGACCCUAAGUAAGUACAAGCGAGGAUCAAGCCGCAGUUGUUUGGAUCUUUCAUUGCUAGCGUGUGGUGUAAUGUAGAGGGCUGAUGACUAGGAGAGCCGAGGGAAAUGAGCCGUGUUUUCAAAGGUGGCUGCUCUUUAAACCGUAAUAGCUCACUAACCUCAGACAUUCUGAUGACCAUUUUGCCUUCCUACUUGAUAGAUGCCCCUAUUCUGCUGUGCAUUUUUCCGUUGUAUUUAUUGAGUUGGUGUAUUUGAUGUUCAGUUCUGGGGUCGGUUUAAGACGUCACAUUUUUUUUGUAACCUCAAAGGUAAUGUUACCUCUCACUAAAGCAGCAAACCUCCCUGAAGUCAUAGCAGCUGCUUUAAAGAGAGGUUCGAAUUGGCUACUGAGGAUUCACGAAAAUUCUCUAGCAUUGGCCUCAUGUUGUUGUCAUCCCUCCCUGCCUCUGGGGAAUUGAAGAAGUGGUUGAAUGUUACAUGAAAAGAGGUUAGGCCUGUAGACCAGGCACUGGCUUGUCACCAGCAGCCAUCUCUUCUUGCUGUAGGGCUAGCCAGGGAAAACAAACAACCCGAGGCAGACUGAGUAGACCCAGUGUAGGAAAAAUGAUGGUGUUUCCACUUUGUUUAUUUUUGAUGACUCCACACCUCAUUAUGAACCUCAAAUAAGGAGGCGGCUUAAUGGUUGCUCCAAGACUCGAAUCUCAGUGUGGAUUUCCUAGCAUCUAGCAAGAAUAAGCAGGCAGAUUUAUCAUCCAUGUGAAAAUGGAGAGUGAGGCCUCUGACUAGCUGAUUGUGUAUUUCCUUGGGAUCAGUAUUUUCUGAACAUUUACAAAAGAUUGGGCUGCAUGUUCAGGUUGUGGCUAGAGGGAGCUUGGGCAGAUUUUCAGUUAUGCUUUCAAGAUAUAACCAAAGGCUGCUCCUAAAUCUGAAAAUUAGAAUUUUAACAGAGCCCCCUUGAAAACACCCAGGUAAUGCUUGUUGUGGGCCAAGAGAGGGGCUGUGUUCUUUCUCUAGCAACGUGAACAUCAAAUAAUUCACGAUAUGCAGUAAUUGAGCAAAAUUAAAGUAAGACCUGUGUUGGAAUUUAGCUUCCAGAAGAGAUAGCUGGAUAGGUGAACAAGACAUACUGUUAAAUUAUGGGUUUUGUUUUCUGCUUUAUAAUUAGCCAAAGUUUUCAAAUUAUCACAUUUCAGAAUUGUUUUUUAGCCUGUGGUUAGGCCUCAUUCCCUUUGACCUAAAUGUCGUACAUGUUACUUGUUAGCACACCAAGUAUAUUGCUAGUCUCCAUCCAUUUUUGUGGGAUGUGCUGCAGCAUUUCCCAAAGAACCUUACCUGUAACUUUGCGAAAUGAAUGUACUCAGACAUUCGCAGUUUUUACUUAGGGCAGACCAACUCUCUUAAGUCUCCCUUAGACUUAGAUAUACAGAUAGCUUAAAGCAAGAGUGGGAAUGUAAAGCAUAACCUAAUUCUCUUUCCUAUAGAGAUUCUAUUUUAUUUAAAAUCUAUUUUUACACUAGUUAGAAUCCUGCUUUUUUGGCCAAGUAUUUGUCUUGCAUGUCUGACCUUGCAGAAGCUGGGGUGGAUCGCAGCAUACUAAUGAAGAGAGUUAGCAGUAGUUUACAAAGCUUGCUCGCUCCUCAUUUCUCUAUGAUCACCUCCAUCGAGCAGCCCUACCACCAGCUGGGAGAACAGAGAUUUUUAGUACAGGUGGAAUAAGCGCUCUGAAAGGCUGUGCCCAGAGGAAUGAGCAAAUAGGCAAAUGUUUCCGAACUACUUGAAGGUUUAAAAACAUGUUCCAGGAAAAAAAAAUCUUAUCAAGAUAUGUAAAGAAAAUGUUUUUUAAAAAAGGUCAAAGAGUCAUGUUUGAAUUUGACAGAAUUACAUAAGAUAGAAGCUGUUAGUGAUUUCUUCAGGAUUGAAAUGAACCACUUAACAUAUCCAUACUACCUUGAACAAUGAAGUUGCAUUAAAAUAAUCAAACUUUGAAAUGAUUCUGCUCCGCGUGAAAUUUGUGUCUCUGACUGACAUUUGCUUGGGAGCUUGUAUCUAAAUAAUCUAAGUGUCAGUGGCCUGGAUUUAAAAAGCAGCAUAAAAAUCAACCUGUCAACAAUACAGUGGGCAGCUAGAUGAUUCAUCUUUCUGCCCCUUUGCUCCAGCUUCCCAAAGUAAUAACAAGUAGCUGAAGCAGAUACAGAAUAGGGAAAAUUACCUAGAUUUGGAGGCUCGGGCUAGGAGGAGACCCAGGCACACAACUCUUUUGCAAACUGAAAACAAUCAGUUUAUACACCUGAGACUCUUUUCCAGGCCCUACAGCAAGCUGAGAUUGUUUUAUUUUUGGAAACAGUCACAAAUGGGACUUGUUAGGAUGCGCUGGGUCUCUUCAGUAGCACUGGAGCCACUGCCCGCUCCAUGCUAGCACAGCGGAGUCGUCCCCAGCAAAAGGGCUGAGAAACGCAUUUCAACAGCCAGCCAGUAGAAUGUGGAGAACUUGGCAAAUCACGAAUGAACAACCUUCUGUCAUCACUUGGAAACCCCUCUCCUUGUGCAGUCAGGAUCCACAGCUACAAAUACUGUCCUUCGGAUUUGGCUGCCAUGCACGAUGCCACGUUGCUUGAGCUGGUGGCAAAUUUUGGCUAGUGUGAUGAAGUCCAUGAGCUUGUCUAAAAAAGGAAAGUCACCGUCACAAGGUUUGAGGAAAGCUAGUUCGUUUUCUCCAGGAUGAAGCUGAAUUCACUCUGUCACAGUGAUUCUGCUGCGUUACUUCUUCCUUGGCAGCAGAAGGGAAAUUUUUCAGGAGUCUCUUAAGACUCGGCUCCUGCUCCUUAAUGGUGCUGGGGGACGGACGUCUGAACUACUCAGAGACCUGGCCAUCACCCUAAGCGAGUUUAGGAAGCCACCAAGUGUUCUCUGGCAGGCCCCUGCUGCUGGCCAGUCUUCACUCUUGCCUGUGAGAAUUCUUGAAACAGGAGUCCUAGAAUAUCUGCAUGGUGGCUACACCAACAGAUGGAGCUUUUAAAGUUAAAAAUUUUAAAUGACAGGAAAGAAUGCUGUGAAAAGGAGAAAAGCCUUUUCCUUUAGGAACUCUGAGUUGUACCCCAGAGCCAAAGUCAAGUGUCUCCUCUGCAAUGUGAAGUUGAUUUUUCCCCUGAAACACUGUCCUGCUGUCAGCCUGGUGCAAAUGAAAAACAUUCUCUGCAUUGGUGCAUUAGGGGACUUCAGGGAAGUUACAUAAAGCUUCUUUUAUUUUUUACCUUUUUUUUGGGGGGUGGGGAGGGGUUGUGGCCUCUUUAUCCUGAUUAAUGUCAUAAUCGACUCUUUUACACCCUCUGUUCAUUUUUUUAUGGUAGUGGUAAACAUUUAUCACUUAAUGGUAACCCUUCUUACCUGGCAUCCCUGCAACUCACUUGCCCUCCCUGGAAUGCUCAGACACUUGCGAUAGUAGAUUCUAUCAGGCAUUAAUUUUGAAAGCUGUACUUCCAGAAGCCGAAAGUAUUUCAGAAUCCUUUUAGCUAGUAUCCUUUCUGUGAACCUUGAGCAGUCUCUUACCGUAAUUCUGGAAGCUUAGGAGAGCACGAAAGGGGUCUGCAGUUGGUUCUUAAUCUGGAUUUUGCAUUCUUGCAUUAAAGAAGGCCAAGAAGAGAGGAACAAUCUGUUGUUUCAUACAAGAUGACUGUGGUCUUUGGGGCCUAAUUUGAAUUGCUUUAGGUCAGAAACUUCUCACUGGAAUCAUCUGGAAAAUGUGGUUUUGGUACUUGGCACAGGGCUGCGCUGGUGCAGAUAACAUUUGUUACUCCAAGGCUAAUUACCAGGCACGCUAAGUGAACUAAAGCAGCUUUGCUUCCUUUCAGACCGAGUGCUAAAUCCCCUGGCCCCAGACUCCUUUCAGAUCCAGCCUCUCGAAAUAAAUGCACAGAGGUCUGUCCAGGGAGGGAAGUCAGUCACAGGAUGCAAUCACCUGGCUGCAGGGUCUCGGCACAUGAAGGUGCACCACACCCAGGAUAAAUCCACCCUAGUGUACUUGACUGAUAGUGCUGUCCUUUUCAGGAGGCGAAAGUGAGCCUGUAGCACUGAGCAAAAUGUCGAGUAGGAAAAACGAUGCUGACCUGGCCUCCGGAGAGACAUCUUCUGCCAUCUUUUGCCCAGAAGCAGCAGCAGGGCCCAGACUAAAUCUUGUACCUUUGUUUCCUCGUUUAAAAAGGAAGAGCACACUCAGACUCCUCCAGCUGUAUCGAUGCCUGAUUCUAAAUUCUCAGUCCCUUGGUUCUGGCCCAAUAGGCCAAAGUUCAGACUUUCCCUAGAGCGCUGGGAGAAGUCGAGUGCCAUUAAAGAAGGAGGUGUUUCCACCACUUGAGAAACUCGCCUGUGUCACUUUACAUCAUUAACAUCAUGCUUAGCACCAAAGACUUCCGUGCUGACGGAAAAGAAGGAACACGAACUAAUUUCUGGGCAGAAGAACAGAUCACAGAGAAAGACGUAGAAGUGAAGAAGAGUAAAUGGAAAAUUUUAGGAGGAAUAAGGAGAGCUGCUCUCUUGGAAACACUCCAACAGACAGCAAACAAAUUGUGACUUAUCGCACACAGCCAGAGGGUCCUCCAGCAGCAUUUUCCAGGAAUUAUCUUUUGUGAAAGACAGCCUUAGUCGUAGCUGUGCCCGCUCACAUAUUCUGAUUAGUUUAUGCUCAUGCGGAAACUAUGAGCCCAAAACGGUUUGCGAAUGGGACAGCAAUAGAAGAGCCACGUCACAACUCCCCCACCUCCUGGCCCCACCUGUCCGUGGGGAAAAAAAUUAAAAUCCUCUUCUCAAAAUGCAUACCUCAGGAAAACAGCUUCGUUGCAUUUGUUUCCAUGCUGCAGAAAAUCAACACUAUCUGGCUUUGAUCCCAAACGGCGAACUGCAGAACGCUGCGAUUCUGCAGCCAGGAAGCACUGGUAGGCCUCCUCCGGCCACCCUCCCCCAGCACAUUCGACUUCAAUUAUGUGGGAAAUGCCUGGGCCGGGGGCUGCUGCCAGAACUCUCCUGGCCCCGAUGGAGGAGGCCCCGUGCUGUGGCCUAGAAUCUUUCCUAAAAGUCCAUACAGGAUCUCUCAGUUGCUGCCAAUCCUGCACUUUCUCUGGCGAGAUUCCUGGCUCUGUUUGGCUGGAGUAACGCUGAAGCUCUCUCCUGUUCCCUUCUUCCUAUAUGCUGGCUUCUCCUCUCCCUGCGGCCCCUUUGCCUCUCACAGUUGCAAAUGUUCCACUGCUUUUAGGAACCAGACUAGUCCUGGAAAAGAUAACCCACACCAAGCCCCCACCUCUUCUCCGUUAGCCCUCAGGAGAGGGCAGCCUCUUGGGUGAACUCUUAAAAAACAGUUUUCCACCUUCUGAGAUAACAUUCAUGUGGAAAGGGAGGUAACUGACGCUCAAGAAGCUGGAUUGGAUUACUGUUCACUUGUGUGAACCCAAGUAGACUAGGAAAAACCUAGAAGAACAUCCCCAGGAGAGACGUCUUUUUCAGCACUGGUUACCCCAAGUAGACAGUCCAGAGGGGCAGACCCAGAAUCUCUGUUUUUCUUUGGUGCACUUGCUGAGAAUUGGAGGCGGGAGCAGGUCCUGGCCUUUCUUGGUGGUUUGAUUCCAAGGCUAGCUCACGUUUGUUGAAUUCUGAACCACUUACCCAACUACAGUUGCUGGGCUGAGUGCUCGCCAUGUCCUGUCUCAUUCAAUCCUCAGCACCAGCCUGUGAGUAGGCAGAGUUCUCCCCCUUUACAAAUCGGGAAACCAAGGCGCAGUGGGAGACAGUUAGGACUCGGCCAGCAUUGACUUGAGGUCACAUAGCUGAUUUGUGAUAAGGGCAGUGCUCAGUCUCAGCUUUGUCGGACCCCAAACUCUGCUCCACUGCCUCCCCUAACUGUGGAACUCAGGAACAGAAAGGACACAGCUCCCAGUUGUCCUUUUGUAGUUGCUUUGGGAAAGGAGCAGAGUACUGAGUCAGGCCCACUUUUGUGUGCGUAGAGCGCUCCUGUAGACCCACCUUCUGCAAGCAUUCCCUUCUCUCCAUGGAACUUUCUAACUUCUCCUGUCCUCUCUCCCACUUCAGCGGGACCUGAGCCAGAGCUGAUAAAGAAAGAGGAAGAAAAUGCCAGCGCUUUUCCUUAAACAGCCAAGGGCUGGCUUUGGGAAAUCAUUUCAGUUGCGUGUCAUGGCCCCUUCACCUUGUGGGGCUGGGAGCCUCACCCACGCCAGCCAUUUGAGCUGACAUCUCAGUUCUUGUAUAUGGAGCUGCCUGGGAGCCGAGGUGCUUCCCUAGCUGGAAAAGUUGCUUCUGGAACAAAACUACGUCGUCUCUAAGGAGUCCUUUCUUUGAGUGUAGACUCAGUUACUGGUCCCAGAGGCAUAGUCAAACAGGCAUAAACAGGCUAACUGGAAACUGUAGAUUCUGGAGGGAUCAGCUAAAUUUGUGGCUUCCAUUUAUUACAGAAUAAAUAGGGGAGAGAGAAAGCCCAGAACAAAAUUUUUAUGAACUACUGGGGGAUAUUAUAAAGUGGUGUUAAUUUGGCAGGUAUAAACUGGUGUGUGUGUCUGUGUGCAAAGGUCUUCCAAGAGCUUUUCCUUUCUUUCUUUUUUAUAUUAUCACAAGUCAAAUUUAAUUUAUGAUACAGAUGCAAUACCUAUUUUUUUUGUGUUAUGUAACUCACAUCACUUAUUUCGGUUUAUCCUAUUUACAGUUAUAUAUUUUAAAUGCUAUAAAACAAUAGCAAGAACUUUCUUUUAAAAUAUCCAA